AGUGCUCGCUUAUGGAAAUUAAAGCUUAAAAUUAUGUUUGUAAGAUGUACUGUAAACUAUGUUUAUGUGUGUCGCCAUGUUGACUUCACAUUACGCAGUUCCGACUUCCGAGAGAAAUGGGAUGUUGGGGAGGAGACAGUAGGUGGCUCAUUCCUUGUGCUGCGCGUCGGUGGAUGCUCUCCUGCAGUUUGGAUAAAAUUAAGAAGUUAAAGAAAUACAACUGUAGCCCAACUUUCCAAGCAACCCGGGAGACUGGAGAAGAUAUCAAGCAACAUAAUAAGAGCAACACAAUAAAAUCUUUAAACAUUGUUGUCUUCUCCGACAUGGCUAGUCUGACACCGAAAAUCGUUGCAAUCUGUGUCAUGUUGGUGAGCAGCAGCUCAGCAGUUCAGCAGACAACUUCAGCGUUCUCCUGCUGUGAGCAGGCUGUAAACUACUUACAUGAAGUUUCAUGUGAUCACAUAUGGAGUGCCAAUAAGACGAACAUUGCUGUAAUCGCUGAUGGGACCAAAGUCUGUGAAUCUCCAUGCAAGGAAAUCAAUGACGACGGGAUAAUCCUGGACAGAUGUGUGAACGUGGCCGUGAACACUGUGUGCCAUGUAAAUGGUGUAAUUAAGGAGACAUGUGUGACCUUCUAUGGCCAAAAGUGUUCUCGCCGAUUCACCAAUGGGACGACAACGGGAAAUAAGAAUUCUGUGGUGCUGCUGCUGCUCACUUUCCUGACUGGACACCUUCUGCACUUCCUCAGUUAGGAUUCGCCAUGUCAAAAAGUGUGCAAAAUACUUAGCUAUAUGGAAAAGCUGAUUUUUUCUGACUGCACUUUAUCCUCAUCUCAGAAAAUCUUUCAUUCUCACCAGUUUUCUUUUUGUGUCAUAAGAGCGGUCGGUUUCUUAGUGUCUUUUAGAACGGCUUCUGUCUGUUUUUCCAAUGUGACUCUAAACUCUUUUUUAUAAUCUAUAACCGAUUUGUGACUGACGGUGCAAAUGAAAUUAUCAUAACUACUGUAAAAAGACUUAUUUACAUCCGACCAAAUUCCCUAAGUUAAAGUUUUCCCCAAACUGUGUGAAUGUAUGCAAAAACACCUCUGAAGAACAAAACACUGGCAGCUGAACUUCAAAGUACUGUGACGUUUUUAGGUGGUGACAGAAACAAACAGUGAAAUCUUGAAUGAAAUUCUAAACAAAGUGUUUUAGAAGAGCUGUGAUUAGGUGGCCAAAAAAGGAUCUCGUAAAGUAUAGAAGGACUAACUGUUUUACUUUUGCACUGAAACGAGUCUUAAUUGUUUGAUUUUAUUAUUUCCUGCAUCUACAGUUAAAAAGUUCUCAGGAAAAAAAAAAAACUGUGGAUCUGAAUAUCGUUGAAGGAAGAAGCACUUUACUGGAGCGCCAAAGAGCAUCUCAUGGGUCUUAUGUCAAUAUUUCCAUAAAAGAAACAGAAACAUUGAACAACUCUUUGACUUUGGUGCAACCAUUUACUAAAAUUGGCUAAAUACAGAAUAUUUUUUAAUAUAUUUGAAUGAACGUACAAAUUAACUGUUUGGCUAAUUUUAUAAAAAUAUUACUUAUUGUUGUUGAUCAGAUGAAAAGAAAAUUAACACUACAGUUAUUUCUGGAUUUUUUUUUAAUUUAGAGAAAUAAAUAGUUUCAACUUCAUAAAUUUAGUCAACAUGCCAAGAAGUUUGGAACAACCUGAUCUAAUGUAGCGGUACAGACCUAAGCAAUGGUACAAAAUGUUAUUUUGACUGGUGUAGCUAUAUGUAGUAUCCAUAUACUGAAAACAUUUAAUCCAGAUUAUAAUAAAUCAAACAACACAUCAAUUCUAAUUUAAAAGUGUGCUGCUCGUUCGCAAAUAUAGCGAUAUAAUCACUUUUAGAUUCAGCAUUACAAAACUGACAUAGUGAAUGUAAAAAGUUCAACAAUCAAUUAAGCCAGUUAUCUAAAUAAUAUGGUGCUUUUUUAAAACCAUUUCUCCCAACAUUAGUCCUCCUUUAUAAGCUAUUUAAAAUCUAAUGCAAACAACCAUAUUUCAGGGGUUUUUUUUGUAAAAUGUUGUUUCUUUACACAUUCCAGUAUUUUGUCAGCAGCGUUUCCGUUUGUUCGUUCCAGUGUUAUUCUCUCGUUCUACUUUUAAUGCAUUAAAGCUGUCGCUACGUUGAUCAGUUAAAAAAAAAAAAAUUCAGUUUAAAAUAGUUUAAAAUCACCCUGAGAAAAUUCAUAAAAUUUGUAAAAUUUGUAGCGGAAAAGUAAGGUCAGUGUUAAAUAUUGCAAAAAAGUAUGCUUCUAAAAAUAUUUAAGAGCUUAUGAAACAUUUAAAGACUUGAACGAAUAAAGUAAACCAAUUAAGAUAAUGCCUGAGUAUCAACACUGAAAAAGGGAGAACAAAUUUUUGUGUAUCGAUACUUAACAAUGUCACUACUACUGCUGCUGUCAGUACUAUUUAUUAUUUUAAUAUGUUAUUUAUUAUUCAUAGUUUUAAUAGCAUACCUCGUUAUAAACCACUUUACCUCAGCUUUAUUCUGUUUGCUUUUAUUUGUUCUCAUUUACUUUCCUCUUAUUUGGUUGUUUAGAUUAGUUUUUGGUUUUUACUUUAAGGGAAUCUAGACUAAAAACAAAACAAACAAUUUUUUUGGUUCAGUUCAUUUCUAUUAACUGCUAGAUUAACAUACAAUUUAUGUUUCAAGAUAAAUUAAUGAAUGUUAAGUAUUUAAUUUUAAUAAUUGUUCAAGCACAAUUACACUUUAUUCUAGACCAAGUGAUCAUUUUAAAGGCUCCGUCAUUUUGAAGUUUAGAUUAGUUAACACUCCUCUGAUGCUCUUUGUUGCUCCAGAAACACCUCAGGUCUUCCUAAAAUCACAGAAACUCUGGCAUUAUGCUAAAUUAUAGUAACUUUUAGCAAUAAAAAUCUAUAUUACUGACAUCAGGAUGGACAUAGGAAAUCACGGUUCCUAAAUGAGCUGUGGUGAAAUCUAACAUUUAUACUUUGUCCUUCUUUGUUUUAUUUCUUUUUUUGUAGUGAUUUUUUAACCCAUGUUUUAAUAAUGUGUGUCCAUGUUACAGUCCAAGGAAAAUAACUCAACCAAUCAUGUAUUGAUGCCCAAAUUAUUCUAUUUUGUUGUUUUUGAAAAUCUUGCCAUAUCAUGUUCACCACCUGCCAAACAUAACCCUUUAUUGUUUACAGUUUUUAUACAGAGUUGCCUUAGUCCAUGCAGAGGGCCAAGUUUGUACUGUUGUGUUGCUGCUGCUUCAUUUUCUUUUGGAAAAAUAAAAAUGAUUUUUGCACACUCCAAA